AUCGGCGGCUCCAUCCGGGUCCCGCGGCCCCGCCGGGCGGGAAGGCGCGCGCCAGGGAGGCACCGCCAGCAUGGUGCAGAAGGACAGCCAGGCCGCGCUGGAGGAGCGGGAAGGAGAGCUCGGCGACAACCCCAACGACAACGCCAACAACGCCGCCGCGGGGCCUCAGGAGACGACGGCCGCCCCGGCCCCCGGAGACGACGACCAGGCCGGGGCGGCGGCGGCGGCCGGUGGGGCCCGGAGGUUCCUGUGCGGAGUGGUGGAAGGGUUUUAUGGAAGACCUUGGGUUAUGGAACAGAGAAAAGAACUCUUUAGAAGGCUUCAGAAAUGGGAGUUAAAUACAUAUUUGUAUGCUCCAAAGGAUGACUACAAGCACAGAAUGUUCUGGCGAGAGAUGUAUUCAGUGGAGGAAGCUGAGCAACUUAUGACUCUUAUCUCUGCUGCACAAGAAUAUGAGAUAGAGUUCAUCUAUGCCAUCUCUCCUGGCCUGGAUAUCACCUUUUCAAACCCCAAAGAAGUGUCCACUUUGAAACGUAAGCUGGACCAGGUUUCCCAGUUUGGUUGCCGGUCCUUUGCUUUGCUGUUUGAUGAUAUCGAUCACAAUAUGUGUGCAGCCGACAAAGAGGUUUUCAGUUCUUUUGCUCAUGCCCAGGUCUCCAUCACAAAUGAAAUCUAUCAAUAUCUGGGAGAACCAGAAACCUUUCUCUUUUGCCCCACAGAGUAUUGUGGAACUUUCUGUUACCCAAAUGUUGCUCAGUCGCCGUAUUUACGGACCGUGGGUGAAAAGCUGCUACCUGGCAUUGAGGUGUUGUGGACAGGUCCUAAAGUUGUAUCUAAAGACAUUCCAGUUGAGUCCAUUGAAGAGGUUUCUAAGAUUAUCAAGAGGGCGCCAGUAAUUUGGGACAACAUUCAUGCUAAUGAUUAUGACCAGAAGAGACUAUUUCUUGGGCCCUACAAAGGCCGAUCAACAGAGCUUAUCCCUCGAUUGAAAGGAGUCCUCACUAAUCCGAAUUGUGAAUUUGAAGCCAACUAUGUGGCUAUUCACACCCUUGCCACUUGGUACAAAUCAAAUAUGAAUGGAGUUAGAAAAGAUGUGGUCAUGACUGACAGUGAAGACAGUACAGUAUCUAUCCAGAUAAAACUGGAGAAUGAAGGCAGUGACGAAGAUAUUGAAACCGAUGUUUUAUAUAGUCCUCAGAUGGCUCUGAAGUUGGCUUUGACAGAGUGGCUGCAGGAGUUCGGUGUCCCUCACCAGUAUAGCAGUAGGCAAGUGGCUCACAGUGGAGCUAAAACCAGUAUAGUCGAUGGGGCCCCUUUGGUGGCAGCUCCUUCCUUAAACGCAACUACUGUGGUUACAACAGUUUACCAGGAGCCCAUCAUGAGCCAGGGAACGGCCCUCAGCAGCGACUCGCCAGCCCUGGUCAAAGAGGAUGAAAAGAAGCAGCCGGAAGAGGAACCCAUGGACACGGUGGUGGAGAAACAAGAGGAGGCUGACAAAAACGAGAAUCAGAUACUCACAGAAAUUGUUGAAGCGAAGAUGGCCGAAGAGUUGAAGCCGAUGGACACCGAUAAAGAGAGCAUCGUUGACUCGAAGUCCCCCGAAAUGUCCAUGCAGGAAGACUGCAUUAGCGACGUGGCUCCCAUGCAGACAGACGAGCAGACAAACAAGGAGCAGUUUGUGCCCGGGCCAAACGAGAAGCCUCUUUACACUGCAGAGCCGGUGACACUGGAGGAUUUGCAGCUGCUUGCUGAUCUGUUCUACCUUCCGUACGAGCAUGGGCCCAAAGGGGCCCAGAUGCUAAGGGAGUUCCAGUGGCUUCGAGCAAACAGCAGCGUCGUCAGUGUCAAUUGCAAAGGAAAGGACUCGGAAAAGAUUGAAGAAUGGAGGUCCAGAGCAGCCAAGUUUGAAGAGAUGUGCAGCUUGGUGAUGGGGAUGUUCACCCGCCUUUCAAACUGUGCCAACAGAACAAUCCUUUAUGACAUGUACUCCUAUGUUUGGGAUAUCAAGAGCAUAAUGUCUAUGGUGAAGUCUUUUGUACAAUGGUUAGGGUGUCGUAGUCAAUCUUCAGCACAGUUCUUAAUUGGAGACCAAGAACCCUGGGCCUUUAGAGGUGGUCUAGCAGGAGAGUUCCAGCGUUUGCUGCCAAUCGAUGGGGCAAAUGACCUCUUUUUUCAACCACCUCCACUGACUCCUACCUCCAAAGUUUAUACUAUCAGGCCCUACUUUCCUAAGGAUGAGGCAUCUGUCUACAAGAUUUGCAGAGAAAUGUAUGACGAUGGAGUUGGUCUUCCUUUUCAGAGUCAGCCUGACCUUAUUGGAGACAAGUUAGUGGGAGGCCUGCUCUCUCUCAGCCUGGAUUACUGCUUUGUACUGGAAGAUGAGGAUGGCAUUUGUGGCUAUGCCUUGGGGACUGUGGAUGUUACUCCCUUUAUUAAAAAAUGUAAAAUUUCCUGGAUUCCCUUCAUGCAGGAAAAAUACACCAAACCCAAUGGUGACAAAGAGCUCUCUGAAGCAGAGAAAAUAAUGCUGAGUUUCCACGAAGAGCAGGAAGUGCUGCCCGAGACUUUCCUUGCCAACUUCCCUUCUCUAAUAAAGAUGGACAUUCACAAAAAAGUAACAGAUCCAAGCGUGGCCAAAAGUAUGAUGGCGUGUCUUCUUUCUUCUCUCAAAGCUAAUGGCUCACGGGGGGCCUUCUGUGAAGUGAGACCAGAUGACAAAAGGAUCCUGGAGUUUUACAGCAAGUUAGGUUGUUUCGAAAUAGCUAAAAUGGAAGGAUUUCCAAAGGAUGUGGUUAUCCUCGGCAGGAGCCUGUGACGGGCCUGAACGACGCGAACUGUCCUCAAGUCUCCUGCCGGGUGGGUGGUGGUUGGGGUCUUCGUAUGGUCCAAGCCUCGAAGGAGCUAGCAGUCAGCCGAAGCGGCUGGGGUUGGGGUUAAGGAGGACUCUGUGAAACCUCAUCUAUCAUCCAUUCAGACGUCUUCACUGGUUGGAGGACGAUAGUAGUACCACUGGAAAUCCCGUUUGAGUAAAAGAAAUAUGGCGCUCCUCUUCUGGUCUGGGGUACAAGUGCCAGGACAUCUUUCCUGGGCCCAUGGGAGAGGGGUUCCCACCACUGCUGGGGUGAGCAAUGCAUCCACAUCCUGGCAUUAGGUGGGGUGGCAUUUUUCACACGCUGUCCUACUGAAACCACUUCCUUCAUCCUUCUCGUCCUUGGGAAGGGAGGGGCGGCCUCCCUCUCCCUUAGGUGACGGGCAGGAAAUGGAAGGGGUUUAGUGGGAUUCGGAUACUUCCGGAUGGAGUUUCCAGGAUACUUGUGAUGUCAAUCAGCAUCUUAAGAUGAGUAGUGACACUUCUGUUAUUGGCAAUCUUUGCUUGUUUGUGAAGCCAUGACCAGUUGUCACUUGUAUUGACUCUUGGUUUAGGCAUGUUGUGCUUUGUAGGGACAAAUGUGCAGUUGUCUGUGGCUAAAGCCACAAAAUGACAAGCUUGUAAAUUCCUCUGUAUAUAAACUAGCAGUAUGCUGAUUUAACUUUGUGUUAACUGUUUUUUGGUAACUCCCCCUUCCCGGAAAGUGAAACGGUAUUGGUCCAAGAUGGCACUUUGAAUAAUGUAGAACCAUAAUAGAGAAUGGAGUUUUUCCUUUGUUUUGGGCGCUCGUAUUUUUUUUUUUAUUCUUCGGUUUGUUUCUUACCCAUGGUUCAUACGGCCAUUUUGGGUCAGAGUUAGUGACUUCUGUAAAGGGGACCGAUCUGUUGCAAGGUGAGUGCAGUCACUGCUGCCCUGAAAAUCAAAUCAAGCCAAACCGUUCAAUGUAGAAUCUCUCUGUCUUGGCACCCGACCCUGGGCAGUUAGGUUUAAGGGACUGGGCCAUGAAGAGAAUCUACCCUCAGAAUUGUCCUGAUUUUGCAAUCUCUUCAUAUUGGUUUGACUUUGAAAUCAGAGUCUUCAAUUCCUGCUUGUUUGUACCAGGUUGUAUUUUUGAAAGCAACCCCAUAAUGAGCACAAUUUAUCAAUUAUCUCCAGGUCACCCGAUCUCUAUUAUAAUCAAAAGCCCGGAAAGCUUCACGCAUAUGACUCUAAUGUGAUGUCCUCACCAUGGAGAUUUUAGAGAAUUGGAGAGAGAGAAGCAGGCAUGUGAACUCUGUUCAGGAUUAGUUUUUUCCACCAAAAGCCUCAUGUGCCCCAAGGUGUAAGUAGCCAGUGGCUACUUCUUGGUACCCUACUCUUCUCAUCUUUUUGCAUCCCCUGUUUGCCUUUUGGAGAGUGGGUAUAGAGGAUGGAGGGAGCAAGGGGGGAAAAUAAAUUUUUCUUUUUGCAACUGCAUUUGGGUGAGUUUUGAGGGGUUCAAGCCUAUGGCUUAAAGAUCUUCUACCCUCACCCGUUUGACGCCAGCUAUGCUGGUGGAAUGAUGAGAUGAAAGCUUCGCCUUCGAGAGCAGCUCCCGAAACAGAAAGGAGGCGAUGUGAUUUUUCAGAGUGGGACCCUUUAAGAGAAGGGUAGUUGCCCUUUUCCUGGGUGAAAGGGAGAUUUACCAGAUCCUCUGUAAAUCUGAGCUGGAAGGCACUCAGGUAAUUAUGGCUUAGACAGCAUAGAGACUAGUAGAAACCUAUCUUGUUUUAUCUGGAGGAGCAGAUAAAGCAUAUACCUAGAUGCUAGUCAUCCUACUAUAUCUGGUUCAUAGCAUUACAGAAUAGCUUGUUGGUGGCCCUUUACGUUGGGUUUUAAGAGUGGCCACAACACUUCUUCCUUUAAACUCAUUAUUGUAAUAGAUGCUAACUGCAAGAAAUGAUGAAAUGUUCAGGCCAAUACCAUCACUCUAGGAUUGUAAAGUGAUCUAUUGACAUCUUUCAUGGUUAUGCAUUUUCAUUAUGGUUGGAAUGCCACUUCCAUUAAUCUGUUUUUAGAUUAUCUGAGUUACCUGUAGCGGAAAAAUAAACUGUAAAACUGUAUUUGAAGACCAUGCAAGAAGUAAAAUAAAAUUUGAGAAAUGAC